CCCCCCGGACAAGUCGGACAGCAGCAGUCAGUCACUUCAUGCGCCGCUGGCCCCUGGGCGUCGGCUUCUGUUGCCUCGGCCUGCGGCGCAUGGCGGAGAUGGCGGCGACAGCUGCGCCGCCGGCGGCGCCGGGGGUGGUGGUGCUGCUGCGCCAUGGCGAGCGGGAGGACUAUAUGGCCGAGAAGGUGGGCGGCCAAGGCGCGGAGUGGAUCCGCGGCAGCCCGCGGCCCUGGGACCCCAAGCUGGCGCCCCAUGGCCGGCGCCAGGCGCUCGCGGCGGCCCAGCGCCUGCGCCAGGUGCUGGAUUUCUUCGGCUUGCCGCCAGCCUCCAGGAUCUUUACCUCGCCCUUGGUGCGCUGCGUGGAGACGGCCGACUUCGUGGCGCAGCAGUUCGAGGUGCCCAGUCUCUGCGUGGAGGACGAUUUGGCGGAGUCCAUCAAUGAGUGCUGGAUGCGGCAAUGGGCGGUGCCGGGCGCCAAUAGCGACUGGGGCGGGCCACCGUCAGCCAGGGUGAAGUCGGACCGGUCCCUGGACCCCAGCAAGCUGCGGGGCCCCGCGGUGGACUUGGAGCUGCUGCGGCCCGAGGCGCUGCAAGGAACCCGGUCCUUGCUGCACACGGCGGAGGAGUUGAAGUCCAUGGGUUGGCAGGUGGACCUCGAAUACCGAGCCAGCAACUCCCUGCACGACAAGGGCUACUUGUGGGGCAGCUUCGAGGUGCACCAGGGCAUCGUGCAGCGUAUGACGGAUCUGGUGCGACACAAAGUGGCCCAGCACCCCGGGGAGACGUUGGUCUUUGUGUCCCACGGCGGCCCAACCAAAUACACGCUGGAGCACUUGUCCGGCCAAAGUUCCCGAGGCAUGGGCGGCAUGACGGCGAUCUCCGUGCUGCGGCCGCCUGUUCCGCCGGAAGCGCCUUGGGAGGUGCUGCUCUCCAAUGACGCCUCGCAUGGCGAGGCAUUCGCUUUCGGUGAGGAGACCAAGAUCUAGCGAAUCGACAGCGCGCCAGUAG